AUGGAGCUCAAGAGACUAUUAGUGAUAACUAUUAUAAUCAACUUUUAUAUGCUUUUUGCAUCCAGCGAAGAUGAAAGCGAUGGUAUUAAAUCAAGUGGGCGGCGAAUUCUUGUAUUUGGAGGAAAUGGUUUUAUUGGCAGUGAAACUGUACGGAGGUUAAUUGACCGUGGAGAUGAAAUCACAAUGGUCAAUCGAGGUAACUGGUACUUCGAUUCCGAAGAACGCAUCAAGCCUUUUGUAAGUGCUCAUUUUAUAUGCAACAGAGAUAAACUUCUUGAGAUUGAAUGCGAGGAACUUUUAACUUCUGGUUCUUAUGACGCAGUCAUUGAUUUUAGCUCUUACAACGCGAGACAGACGAAACAGGUGGUGGACAUCUUAAAAGACAGAGUUGGUGUUUAUGUUUAUAUAAGCACUGAUUCAGUCUACGAAGUCUGCGAUAAGACGCAUUCUAGACCUACAACUGAAGAAGACGCAGUCAGACCAAAAAGCCCAAAGAAACGACUGCAGCUUAAAAGAGAAGAAAAAUACGCACAUGACAAAUUAGCCUGUGAAGAAGUGCUCCAAGAACAGCGAAAAGAAGGUGGAUUUCCGUAUGUGGCAUUGAGACUUCCGGAUGUGAUCGGACCACGUGAUAAUUCGUUCCGAUUUUGGACUUACCAGUUGUGGAUACGUAUUCAUAAGGACAUUCAUCACCCUGUUCACAUGCCCGAAGGUGUGUCCGAUGAUAAGUUUAGUUUAAUUCACGUGGAAGAUGCAGCUAAAGCCAUCGAGAAAGUUCUAGAUGCUGGUCCUGCGGUUCACAACCAAGCCAUAAACAUUGCGUUUAAUGAACAUUUUACCUUGAAAAAACUGCUCCGAGACAUCGCCGAUAAGCUCGAAAUUGAUAAACUAGAGUUUCUUUCUGAUAACGAUGAAACAUGGUAUACUUAUCCUACUGUCACCAAGGGACCACUGGACAUUAGCAAGGCAAAGAUUCUUCUCGACUGGAAACCCAUGACCUGGGAAACAGCCCUCUCAUCUCUCUGUGCCUAUUUCGAGGGAGCUAUGUCAGAUAUGAAGUUGCUUAGAGAAAGAGAAAUGCUCUUAGCUGAAUUCUUUGAGAAUAUAGUUCCUGAAACAUACUAUGCAACGGCGCUGAAUAAACUGAUUGAAAUCUAUGGACGAGACGUAAUGAAGGGAGUGGACUUGGAAGUAGGUUUCGACGGAUCUCCCCAGAUCGCAGGUCCCAAUGAUGAUUCAAGCAAAACCAAUACUGCGCAUGACCAAACUUCAGAUAAAAUGGAAACGAAGGCCCCCAUAUCAACAGAGACUGAUGCUGAUACACAGCAAACCAUAAGUGCAGAUUCAGAGAAGAAGGAAAAAACUAUGCCGCACUCUGAUGAAUUGUGA